UGGGCUGCUCGCGAUGACGUAGCAGCCUCACCCCGGAGCGGCCGGCGCCCGGGCGUGGCUGCUAUUUGCAGCGAGGGCGGAGCGGCGCGGCGCCACCUGCGGCGGCAGCGGCGCGCACGAGCUAAAAAUCUGAGGAGCUGAAAGAAGGACAGAGGAAAGAAUGUGGAUGCGAUGAUACUCUGGCUAUUGCUGAAGGGACUGUCAGGCUGAGAGGUGUGUGACAGCAGUAAAUGCGGUCCAUUUUGGUGGGAAUAUCGUCUGCAGAAAAGGUACUGUUUGCUACCAACUUUCAAACAGCCUCCAGAUUUGGAAGUCUGGUUUGUAUUGACCUUGUGUGUAGUUGUGUGACAGACUUGUGGAAAAACUACUUAUCUGAAAUUUUAGAAGAGUGACCCCAAGCAAAACCAGCAAAGAAAGUGGUGGAAAGUUAGUGAUGGUGGUUAAGAUGCUGCUGUAUAGGUAUGUUUUAUAUCCACACGAUGAACACCUAUUCAAGUUGAAAUCAAGCAACUGAGCUUGAACAAAGAAAACUAUAGAUAUGUAUAUGCUACACAAUAAUGAACCUGUAAUUUAUAAGCUUCUCCCUGGUAAUUGCCCAGUGAGGCAUUCAUAUACCCUAUGUGUGUCCAAAAUCCCAGGCUAUAUUCCCAGAGUCUUAACAUUAGCCCCGUGAAGUAAAUCUUCCCACCUGUUUGUGGCAGAUGAGUCAAGAGUAGGAGCCUAGUUCAGAUGAACUGAAUGUCCCCUCUUGCCCCCCACUGGGAACAAAAACAUAUUACAAGGCUGAAUUUCAUCUUUGGGAAAAUUUCUGUGAAUUUUUCUUCUGCCAUAUGUGUUUAGUAAUAGAGAGAAAAAUGAUGCUUUAGGUUGGUUACGCUUCUAUUCUCCAUUGCUAAUGCCAAGUUCCUAGCAUAAUGUAAGCCUUUUGCUUUUGUUAUGUUAAGGUUAAAGCUAAUCACUAAAUAAAUAAAGGAAUUAGUGAUGUAUUUUUCAGGAUGGUGUUUUCCCCAUCAUAUUUCUGUCAAAAUCCUCCUGCCUAAACUCCUAGCUAUGCAGCUCCUGAGCUGAACAUCUCAGCACUAGUUUUUCAAACACCAGGUCUGGUUUCUUAUUAUUUCCUGAUACAGCAAGGGAUGGGGGAGAGAGAUUGGAGCUAUGGGACAGCAGAGUGGAGAGGGCUCUCUUUUGAAGGGGAACUCACUUGGCCAAUGAAAGAGUGAUGGUUUUCUUGGCUAACUCUUCCCUUUCAGCUAAACAUAGACAGGAAAAUAAUCAAUAAAAUAAAAACAAUUGUGCAAAAGAACCUAGAACUUAUUUUUAACAGAAGAUGAUCUUACAUUUUGUAUUCCUUUUUAUAUUAUGUUGUGUGUCCAAAGAUCCAGAUAAUACAGAUUUCAUAUUUUAAGAGAUGGAUGAAAAAUUAAUUGUUUUGAACUUGGUUUUUAAUGUUGUCUUCUGAGAGAUUUCUUCUCACAAACUGUCGUUCAUUUUUUAAAAUUUGAUAGUACUAUUAUAGGUUGUAUAUGAUACGCUGUUUUGUAUUUGUACUCUAUUCUGGAGUGCUCUGGGUAUGCUAUUAUCAUUAUAUUAUUUACAUAUGUUUUCUGCAGAUUAUUUUUGAAAUGCCUUUCACUGAUUGUCCCGUGUGCUUUAAUCCUUUGACUGUGAAUGCAGCUGUCAAAAAGACUCUGAGUAUACUAAGAGUACAAAGAAACUGAGAAAUUGCCUAUGUCUGCUAUCAAGGUAUUAGAUCACUCCUUGCUGAAGUGAGAAGUGUAUUCUCGUUUGAUGCUGUUUAGAGUAGCAUCCCUCCCACCCUCACAAAAUUCGGAGACAUGCUGGAGAGAAGACUGCUUUUAUUUUGAAGCACUGCUGUCAGUCUGGGCUUUGCUGUCUGGGCUAGAAGCUUAUUCACCAUUUGCUUUCCCUGCUCCCACUGCCACUUUAAAAUGUCGUAACUUUCUCCCUGGGGGUAGAUAAAAACCAUUGAAUAUCAUCCAAAGUGCCUCUCAGAGGUGCAGGCCAACUUUAGCAAGCCCCUAACCAAAAUUCAGCUGGAUGUCUUCCUACCGAAGUAGAAAGUCUUCUCAUCUGCUGUGCAGGUGUUGUGUUUGCUUGCCUCCACAGUAAUGAAUCUGACACCUGCUGAGCCCUCCACCUCUCAGCCCACUGCCUCAUCAUGCAUAUCAGAUGUGUCAGAAGAAGAAAUACUGAACGAUAGGCCUGUGUGAAAAUGAACCCAGGAAGCAACAAAGAAGCAAAGAAUGCAUUGUCAGAUGCGUGAGGCAGGCCCUUACGCAGGUUGGUACCUGGAAUGACAUGUGAUGUGCUGCUUCAUUAACUUGAAAAAAGCUAAAAUGGCCAUUGAGUUUAAGGAUACUAUUUAAGAUAAAAGUUUGAGAGAAGUGACUUAUUUUAAAAGGAUUAUGGGAUGCAAAACAGAAGAGACAAAAAUGACUUACCCUUCUCUGAAGGGAGCAGGUACUGGGAAAUGUGAUAUAAAGUCAUCAAAUGUAUUUAGGAGAAGUAACAUUCUUGAGACAAGCUGUACCUCCUAACAGAGAUAUAGGAUUGCACAGUAAUGAUCCAAUUCUAGUUCCUGAAAUCUUUCAGACUAGCUUGGAGUAGGCACAGAAAAUACUGAAUGUAGGGCAGGCUUCUCCACACCCAAUGAGUGGACUAAAUAAACCAAGUUUUUCUCUCAUUUCAGUCUGAUUUCUAGACUUUCCUCUUAAGGGAUGCAACAGUUCUUUUAUAAAUAUGGUAAAUCAUGGAUCUAAACAGAUGGCCCUUGCUGAGGGCUUGUUACUUGUUCACUCUCUUCAGGCAGCCACAAAGUCAGUUUGCCCAGUUAUCUAGUGGUAGGGAUAUGGCCAAGAGAAAUAGUCUGAGGAGUUCUUUUAUCUACCAAAUCACAUACAAGACCCAUACAAUUUUUAUGUGGCUCUAAAUUACAUGGUGCGACUGGUCUGGUAAUACUCAAAUCAUGAGCCUUAAGGAUUGUUGCUCACAUAUCAUAAUUGUUGAGAUACUGAGGGGGGAAGAAGGGCUCCUUGUUUUGAUUUUAAAGAGUAACAGAUUAUAAAGCAAGGGGAAAAAAAAGCUUUGUUUAGGUCUUUACAGUGCCUAUGUUAGGAGAAAUACUUCAAUAGGCUCUAUAAUAUAGCAUUAAUGGAGAUGAUCCUUCAAAGAGUGAUUUAGAGAAGUAGGGAGGGAAACUUUCCUCCUAACUUUGGCACUUUAGACAACCUGCAUACCUUCCUUGUGAUUAGACUGAUAGGAUUUAAGGAUAUUUAGUACUGCUGUGACCAGCUUUUGGGAUUGGAGUACUUGAUCUGCUCAUCUACCCAGCCACUAAAGCUGAAUAUCCACCUCCUCCUGCCCCUUGAAGUAUUGCUCCCAGAGUAAGACAUAAGUUACCUGAGAGGCCCAGGGGAAGCACUGCUGAAACAAGGCAGAGUUGCUAUGGAUAACCAUUUUUUAAAGAGUACAUGGGGCAUGGAACUGACAGAGAAUGCACUGAAAUAUGUGGCCAUCUAGAAAUAAAAAUGGUAUGUUUGGGAAGACCUUUUCACUCAAAAGCCACGCAUUUUGCGUUAGCAAAGGAGAUGGUUUGUUAGCAUGUACUAAAACUCCCCACAAAUACCUAAGGAAAAAAUCCUUUCCACAGAGGGGGAAUUCUGUUCAUGCUACUAAUAGCCCUGAUAAAUGUGUGAGACAAAAACCAGAAUUUGUCAGUCUCUGGUGCUUCUUCCUCCCCAAAUACCACCCAACUUCUCGCAGAAGAGUCCAUGGAGGCAUACACAUGAAAAUUUGCCCACCUCUUCAAUGGUUAGCAGAGCCCUCUGCUGUGUCUGUUAAGUGUCAUGUUCCAAAAACUGGGCAAUGUUACCUGAAAUUUACUGAAAUUUAGUAGUGUAUUUACAGAGCAGCAAUGUUUACCUCCUCUCUAUUCACGAGAAGUGGGCAUUUAGUGGCAUCAAAGAAUAAAUAGAAGGAAACAGUGAGUGUCUUGCAAGUGAGUAUCAUUAUUGCCUUCUGUGAAUCUGUUCUGCCAAUAAUAUGCUCUUAAAUAUUAAAGUGAAUAUAGAAGCCAAAUAAAGUACACAUUCCUAAGCCAGCCCUGAACUGUGCCUGUUUUGAAAGCUAAUGCUGACAGAGGAUGCAUGAUACUGUGAGGUGUUCAGUAACUUCCCUUUAUCCUUACAUUUACAUUAUGCUCAUCUGGAAGCAUACUGCACUGAGCAAAGUCUACUGUGCUGACUCAAGUUAUAUUCACAGUUGCCUCUUGAUAUAUCACAAUAUGUCAUUCAGUAAUCCCACUGAGUAAAAUGUAAUUACCAUACAACAUCUUGUGAUGUCUUGGGAUUUCUCACUAGGUAAGUAAGAAAUAAAUUCCUGUCAGUGCUGCAGGAAUACUGUUGUAGAGAUGUAGGAACAGAUGAGCUAAGGUCAUAAGCCAUGAUGUUCUGUUGAAAAUACUGGUCACGGGGGAUGUGUCCUUUUUAACAGCAGGCAGGUAACUGCAUGCCUUUUCUUUCCAUCCGAGUGUGGAGAAACUUGCCCACUGCCCAAAUAAGUUCCCACGUGUCCCUGUCACAACGUAUUUAAUUCUCAUAUCCCUGUGAGGUAGAAAUAAAAACAGAAGAGGAACUGAGGGCAAGAGGAAUUGCUGCAUGUCCACAGUCAUGCAAAAAAAAUCUGUGUAUGGAAUAGAAAUCAACCCUGUGGUUCCACCUAGGACCUCACCCCGAGAUCAUCGCCUCUUCUUCUAUAAUGCAACAGUAUAUAACUACUGUAGGCACUAAUCUCCUGCUGAAUACAGAGUGAGAUCUAAGGUUUCUGCAUUGUCAUCCAAAGUGCUUUCUGAGCCCGCUGCAAGUCAAUUGAAUUACUGCCUCUUCUUUUGGAAUUGUGACCUCCCCUGAGAGCUUUGUUCUGCUGUUACAGUGAGAGUCAUGAUCCCCGGAAGGAAGAAUUAACACCCACGUACUUCCCUGAUUUCAGAACAAAAUUCAGAGCUUUUAUUGUGGACCUAUUAUGACUGCUGUUUUUAAAGACAAAUAUACAAAUACAAUCAAAGGUAGCUGUUCACUCAUAUCUACAGAGAAUGGCUGUGGGUAUGAAUAAUAAUAAAAAAGAAGAUGGACAGUAUCAUGCUGAACUCUCUAUCAUUGCAAUAAUUUGAAUGGAGGGAAAAAAAACCCAACAACUAAGGAAUGUAGAUCUGCCUGCUUUAAUCCAAGCUCAGUUCUAGCCACACAAACAUCCUUGGAAAUCCAGCAGACCAGAAACUUAUCAAAAAUACUUGACUGCAUGCACUCUUCCAGGUCCUGUUACUGAAGUCAAAACAGAUAUAUAUGUCACCAGUUUUGGACCUGUUUCUGAUGUAGAAAUGGAAUAUACAAUGGAUGUCUUCUUCCGUCAGACAUGGGUAGACAAAAGAUUAAAAUAUGAUGGCCCUAUUGAAAUUUUGAGACUUAACAACUUGAUGGUUUCAAAGGUGUGGACACCUGACACUUUCUUCAGGAAUGGGAAAAAGUCUGUUGCACACAAUAUGACAGCCCCAAAUAAACUCUUCAGAAUAAUGAGAAAUGGCACCAUCCUGUACACAAUGAGGCUUACAAUAAGUGCAGAGUGUCCCAUGAGAUUAGUGGAUUUUCCCAUGGAUGGUCAUGCUUGUCCUCUCAAAUUUGGGAGUUAUGCAUAUCCAAAGAGUGAAAUGAUUUACACGUGGACAAAAGGACCUGAGAAGUCAGUGGAAGUUCCUGAAGAGUCUUCCAGUUUAGUUCAGUAUGACCUGCUUGGGCAUACUGUAUCCUCUGAAACCAUUAAAUCUAUUACAGGUGAAUAUGUUGUUAUGACAGUUUACUUCCACCUCAGACGAAAAAUGGGUUAUUUUAUGAUUCAAACAUAUAUCCCAUGCAUUAUGACCGUGAUCCUUUCUCAAGUUUCAUUUUGGAUAAAUAAGGAAUCUGUUCCGGCUAGAACUGUGUUUGGAAUAACCACAGUGUUGACAAUGACUACACUGAGCAUCAGUGCAAGACAUUCAUUGCCAAAAGUAUCCUAUGCUACUGCCAUGGACUGGUUCAUAGCUGUUUGCUUUGCCUUUGUGUUCUCUGCUCUUAUUGAGUUUGCUGCUGUCAACUAUUUUACUAAUAUUCAAAUGGAAAAAGCCAAAAGGAAGACAGUAAAAUCCCUCCUUGAAUUUCCGGCUGCUCCUCUACAAAGAGAAAAAAGUACAGAAGAGACACUCAUGAGUACAGAUGCUAAUUCAAACGUGAGGAAAAGAACGAAUGCCACAGUACAGUCCGAAGCUGAUGGUGGGAGCCGAAUUGAUACAAGACACAGUUCCGUCCAGCCUCCCUCUGUAGCUCAGGGGUCUUCUGACAUUACACCCCACUCCCUUUCUGCAUCAAGUCCAAACCCUUUCACGCGCAUCAGUGCAUCAGAGACGUUAUCUUCUGCAAGAGCUACCCCUCCAGCUCCUCCUUCUACCCCGAUUUUAACUGGAUUUGUAUCCCAGCAUGCCGCAGCUGGAUCCCCCUCCAUUCAGCGCUUGCUUGGAUCCAGACUGGAACAGAUUCAGACCACCACACCUAAUACGUUAGGAGCAUCUGCAAAGCCAUCUGCUAUCACACCGCCUGCUCCCCCUGCCUCCCACUCUGGCACUAGUAAGAUAGACAAAUAUGCACGCAUUCUAUUUCCUGUUACAUUUGGAGCAUUUAACAUGGUCUACUGGGUGGUGUAUCUAUCCAAGGACACCAUGGAAAAAUCAGAAAGUCUAAUGUAGUUUUGCUGCUAUGUAGUAGUUUCUAAAUUAUACUCACAUUUGAUGCAGAGUUUCUUCUUUUGAAACUGUUUAAAGAGGUCAAUAAUUCUUAUUUAUAAAAGCUGUGUGCUACUUUCCCAUUGUAAAGGCUGGAGUUAUUGGGGAUAAUCAGUUAACUCCUACCAGAGUAAUGGGUAACAGAAUUGUCUUCCUCCCUUCAGCUAGCAGUGAACCAUCACUCUCUUCAGACAGACUGCUCUGGCUACACAGAACUUGCCUUUGGGAGGAACAUGCACAGGAAACAAAUCAAAGGCAGAGGUACACAACUGUGCAGUGGAACACAUCUUGACUGCUAGGAAUAUGCAUGAUAAUUGUUACAAAUCCCCGAGGCACCCAGCUUUGCUGUCUGGACACUGCAUUGCAUUCUCUGAGUGCAAGGCCCAUGUCCUGAAUGGUUUGACAGUACUUGCUGGGAAAGGACUUUCCCUGCUAGAUUGAAAUUGGCAGGAUGGGGGGUGGAAUGAGCGGUGGAAAAAGAGAAUAGAGUCCAGCCUUGGAGAAUGUGACUCCAGAAAAGUUAUGCAAAGGAGUUCUAGAGCUCCAUAUAUUUUUACUAACCAUUAUUUUUCAUUGCAGCCUAGGAAAUUCUCACUCCAAAAUAAGGAGUAAACCUUGCAAAAUACGAAAUCUGAUGCAGCUUUUGAAACUGGAGUUUUUUGUUUGGUAAAAUCCUAAGUGUGAUUCUUCUUUGACCUUGCUGAGCAGCUUGAGUGGGUUUACUCCUAAGGUACAUCUCUUAUGGUACAGGGGGACCAGGCCCACAGUAUUCAACCUUUUAGUUGAAUUCUUAGUUCUUUCAUUUUUGGAUAGUUUUGGGUUUGGGGGUUUUUUUCUUCAUAUUUUUUAGUCACAAUCCUCUAAUUUCUUUCAGACACCUACUUUCCCCCCUUCUUUUAUAUAAUGUUUGAAUCAUGUUAAAUUUUGCAAGCAGUUUUACAGGUGGCUUCAAAAUUAAGUAAAACAAAUUUCCCUGUCCUUUGAGCACUAUGGUUAUGGCACAUCUUUGGGUGAAGGAAAGACACUUUUGUGAAGGAAUCAUAUGACAUAAAUACGACAAGAAUGUUUCUAGAUAGAGCGGGGGGGUAACACAAAGCGUAGUUAUGGUCCCUUGCUUUCUCUUGGACUAUUGCAUAGAUAGGAGCUUUUCUAAAUGGCUCAAAUUGCAAUAUACAAGCAGGAAAUUACCUGUCUUUAUUAAAAAAAUGAACGGUUUAAAUCCAAUAGAAAUCUUGAUCCUUUCACCAGAAUGGGUGGAAGAUAUGCUGGCAACAAAUCUAAAAAUAUUUGCACAGAUCCAUCUGGCUAGCAAAUGGCUGCCAUUUCUGUGCAGGUGAUAAGUAAAAAUCAAAGGCCAAAUUCUCAGCUGUGAUCUGGCUGUGCCUUUAAAGGGUCUGGAAACAGCUGAAUUCCUUUAGGCGGAAUAAUCUGUAGUUUGAAUAUACUGGCGUAUCAAAUUUGUGCUGGGGGCAGGUGAGGUGAGUGUUGUGUGGUUGGUUCUGUGCUCAAGUAAUGAUCAAAUUAUUGAGAGACUGGUGGAGACCACAAGCAGCUGAGUAAUUGAGGAUGUGCAUAGGACUGCUGUAGACUACGUUGGGACAAGAACUGGUGUAAAAAGACCCCAGAAAUUUAAAACUAGAACUGUGUUCUCUGUGUCUAUCCAAACCCUGUAGGUAUUUCACAGCUGAGAAUCUGACCUGAAUUAAAGGACCUGGGAGUCUGCAAGAGAUGUGUAAUGAAGCAGGUAGUGUGGAUCCCAGGCUACUGUUUCCUUGUAUAUCAUUGAACGUCACAUGAUAGAAUGCAUAGGAUUUGGUUAUGUCUCUCAUGACUUUAUUAUGAUCUAAUUCUUUUUCUUUUUUUUUUUCUUUAACUUCACUGGCAUUGUCAGGAUGCAAUGUAUGGUCCUUUAUUCUUUGCCUUUUACACUUAGCAGAAGCCUGAAAUUGCCACACUCCUUAGAAAAUCAUGAUACCUGCCAUAGCACAGAACGGCAAAUGCAGCAACCAUGCAAGUUGUUUAUCUGCAUUAGUUUUCAUCAUUGGACGUAUCUCUAGGAGCUGUAACUGUAGCCAUAUUUAUUAUAUGGCUUUCUGUGUGUUGGGAACCUAGUGUUUCCUCCAGAAGUUACUGAAAUUAUUCUUUUCUUUCCUCUCUGAUGAAAACCAAGGAUGUUUUCUCUUGGGCAGAGCUUUAAACAAUUCACUAGAAACAGUGAAUUUUUCCAUCCGUCCCCCUAUACUGCUUGUAUAAUCGGCUUUUUGAGUGCAUUGUUCAGUAGGAUCAACACUGGUUCAGGUUAUUUGACCAAGAUUGAUCUGAAUACACUGCUUGGAUUCAUUUGUAGUUCCUAUUUUGUUUUAAAGACUUAUAAGGAGGAACAAAGGGUUGCAAAAAUAAAUAAAAUUACAAAUAUUUAUUUCUAUGCUUCCAUUUUGGAAGAAAUUUUUAAUGGCAUAUAUGGAAUAUAUGUGUUUUUAAUCUGUCAUUGUAUUUCUGAUGCUCCUUCCAACAUUUGCAUGCUUGCAUUCAAAAUGAGAUAUAAAAAAAAUCUCAUUAUGAGUCUAGGACUAAUUUAUUGUACUGUGCUACUUUUUGGUGUUACAGUAUAUGAAGAAAUUACCGUUACUAGCUUUCCAAAGUACAUAAGGGCAAUGUAAAUAGGAGGUUAUUGUUAACAGUGGUUUUUCGUUAUAAUUAAUCUCCUUGUAGAGUGAUCAGGGACAGUAAACAGCCUGCCGUAUACUCAGUAAUAUUGACAGGUUCUGAAUACUGUGUAAUUCAGAAGCACAAACAAAAGCAAGAAUAUGCUAAAUAUAGUGGGCCAAAUGUUCAACACAGGUAACCAGAAUCCUAAGGGAGAAUGUUGCAGGUGUCAUCUCAGUAACCAGAUAGAUUAGUAGGGAUGAUUUUGAGUGAGAUGAUCUUCACAGGAACUAUUUUUUUUUCUAUUGGCUUUGUUAAACAAUCUUUUUUGAUGAUACCAUAGUGAUUCAAAACUAACCAAUCAUUCCAGACAGUCAUCUUUUUAAAACAGGAGAGGACACUGGAUAAAAGAAAACCUUUUUUUGAGAAAACUAGUUAAAAACUCAGUCCAAGAAGAUUGCCUUCACAGUAAUUGUAGUGUAUUUUCUAGUCAACUGUGAGCAGGGUCAAAUUUCUAGUAGCCCAUUAGUUUUCACUGAAAUUACUAAAAGAAUUAAGUUGAGCAAAGAGGCCAACUAAGACCCCAGCUCUCUGUGGUGACCUGAGCUCUCCAAACAGAAGUGGAGUCUGUUUCUCCAGCUAUAAAAUGGGCUUGCCUCCAUUGUAUGGAUAUCAGUAGUGCAUUUCUAAGGUGUUCUGGAUUCCUUUUGCUGAAUGUUUUUUCAGGAAAAAAGUACAUUUUGUAAACUGUUGUUAUCUUUGAUUCUACAUUACCCUGUGUAUGGGAAAGUGCGGAAGAAUGUCGAGGAGAUAGGCGAUGGAAGCUAGCCAGACCAUUCGUAGGAAAAGGAGCAUCAACAGGGCAUGUUGACCCAUAGUCACGUAGUUGAGCCUGUGCCAGGGUGGCGCUACACCUGGACUUUGAAUUGAGAAUAACAAUGAGCUCAACAUGCUUACUGCGCAUGUGUAUGGUUCGUAAAAACUUCAUCUAGUGCCCCCCCCCCCCCCCGGGGUUCCUCAUGCCAGACCGACGCUCAGUGGUGCCAGGGAUCCCCCGCUCUGUUAUUGCCUCGAUCGGGAAAAUGCCGGGGAACCCCCGUUCAGAUGCAGAGGUAAUAAAUGCUCCGUAUCGACCAUCGUAUGCCUUGUGUUUGUGUAUCCUUCCCUGCCGGGAGUCCAGGCAGUGCCCCUGCCUCACCCUUACACCCUGAGAUCAGGCAAGUAAGCCAUAUGAUAGCUGAUGGAAAGGACAAAUGAUUUAACAAGGAAUGUGACCAGAGCUUUUCUGUUCACAGGAACUAAAAGUUGUUGCUUACAGAGAGUUCAAGCAUAGCCUUUGAUAUCUCAUCAUUUUCAUUAUUCAGGAUGGACUUCACAAAAAUUGGGGAAAGCAAGUAGCUUUAUUUAAUAGGAUUUAGCCAGCAUUUCCAGAGGAAAGCGAAUGGACCCAGAAUUCUGCACAUAUCGAAAAGCAAUCACCUUCCACUCUCCUCCGGUAUGUCAUUUUAAAGCGGUGUAAUUUAUGAUGUAGUACAAUGUCUGUGUGCAAUGUAGACACAUGGCAGUAUACAAUGUAUAUUUCUCUCACUUAUCCAAAGCCUAUCGUUACCAUCUCUCUUGUGCUAUUGGAAGUGGAGGGAAGGUCAGAAGGGAAGAAAUGACCACACAAGUUGUGUAAGAGAUAGUUAUUGGACACAUGGGAAGUUUUCUCAUAAAUGCUGCAGGAGGAUUCCUAGGAGACUCUCACUCAGUAUGGGAAACUGGAGCAUGGUUUCAGCUGUAGCAUGUUGUCCCCCAAAAGCCUGAUAGGUUCCAAGAGAUCUCUUCAGGAUUCGGAGGAGAUUGUGGACUUUGGAUGAUGGGCCACAAAACAUCUGCUUGACCCAAAAGAUCUAGGAGAAAGAAAUUCUGGUGAGUUUUGCCUUGUCUUCAUGGGAAUUCCCAGUAGGGCUUGAUUGCACUAAAAUAGAUAACUGUUCUACAGCUAAUGCUGUUGUAAAUUACAGUAAAGUCACCUGACAAAAAUUUACUCUUGGAUUUACUUAAUCCUAAGGUUAAAUAACAUGGAUAUAGAGGGUGGGAACUGUAGUGCUGAGAAGCCUAAGUGAAGCAUAAUGCUAUAUAAUAACAUGAAUAAAAGCCAAGAAUGUUUUGAAUCAAAGUUUUAAGUGUUACAGAACUGCAGAAAUAUGUGGCAAUGUUUGUUUAAAGCCAGUGUGUGGGGGAAUUAGGGGGAUUGGGAGGUGCUUCUCCUAAAAAAAAAAAAAAAAAAAAUCUUUGAUUGCUUGUAGACUAACAAGCAGAAAGGAAUGAAGCACAAAGUUGGAGGAGCAGAACUAUAUGAACAAAACUUACUUAGUGAAAAUCAAGAGAAUAGCAACCUUAAGGAUGUAAGAUGCACAUAAGUGAUAAAAAAAAAAAUGCUAAGAAAAAAAUCUAGGCAAGAAGAAACUAAUCAAGUGACAAUAGAAUCUUUCCUUCUGAAACCGAUUUAUUAUUUUUUCAAGACCUGAUGUUUCUUUCACUGUGUGAUUCCAAGGUAAGUUAUUUCUAUUUAUGCUGUUGUAAGGACCUAUACUGAAAUCCACUGAAAUCAACAUGGUUCUUUUCAUUGACUCCCAUGCACUUUAGACAAGUUAACUGAAAGGAAAAUGAGGCCUACUGGUUCUCCUGGCAGGAAAAGCACACCAUUUUGGAACAGUAUGGUAAGAAUUAAUAUUUAGUCUUCAUUUGUAGGUCUCUACUCAGAAUCAUGAUAUAAACUUUUUGGAAGAUAUGAAUGUGGUGUGCAGUUUCAGUGCAUUGUGUAUAAAUCAGAGUCUGAAAAUAAUUCCUUGUCACGUCCCAAGCAAAUAUUAGUAGUGCGAGGUAUAGAGUACUCUUCUUUUUUUUUCCUUUUUUUUUUUUAACUCAAAAAACCCUGCCAAAAAACAAAACCCACAACCUCUCUCUUUAGUAAUACUAUUAUUUACUGUGCUCUCAACUGGAGGGAGUGAAGAAUGCAGUUAUUGUAAAAUUGGUAGAAUGUGUAAAACAUGCUUUGUUUUCACACGAAUUAGAAAGUAUGGUAGGUAUUCUUUUCAGAAUUGGUUAGCUUUGUGUUAUAGUACAUAACUUAGUGCAUUUAAAGAUAUCUCUUGGACUUUUGUAUCCUUUUUAUAUUAUUCCACUAGAAAGGGCUUCAAAGCAAAGCAGUUAGUAUCCACUGCAGCUCACAACAUUUUUUGAUUAAAAUUGUAUUUUCAUUUUCUUAUGCAAGAGAAACCGAGAGCCAUAUGGCUUCUUUAAAAUAAAAUAUUUAAAAAAGCCAUGCAGACUCCCUUUUUGUAAAUGGAGCAUUAGAAAAACAUCCAAACUCCAGUCAAUUAUUGAAUGAUAUCAUCUAAUAAUAGUGUCAUUUUAGUGUUUAAAAAUACUAAUUUGAUCACCACCUGCAUACAUACAUACAUGUAUAUAUAUAAAAACAUUCAAAUAAAAUGAAUUCUCUGAAUAUCAAGAGAGGCAAGCUCGAUGCACUUGCAAGCACUCUUGUUUUGAAAGAGUACCUUGAAGCACUGUGUGAGGUAGGUGUUUAUUAUUGUCUUGAUAUCUCCAUUCUUAGCAAGAAAAAGAACAUGAGUUAAAAAUAUUGUACUAAUAAACUAACCCUCAACUAGUAUAGAGAUCUAGGUUAUUUCUUGCUGUUAGUCUUGCUGUUGUUGAUCUACUUCAAUGUUUCCUGUGUGUUUUAGUGAAUGUUGUAUCCAUGUUGAAGUAAAUGUUGUGAAUUGCCAUAGCAUUCUACAGAUGAUCUGGUGGAAUAAAGAAGCAUUUAAUAAAUAAUUGUUAUUAUUUAUGAAUAUGUUUUCAUCCUUGGGAAAAGCUUAACUGGAGAUUGGUAGAAGAAGGAACUGACUAUCUGAAACACUCAGCUGGACUUCUGAGCUCAAUGCAUUGCAAAAUUAAAUUGCGUACUGCUUUGUCUUGCCUUCUCAUCUUGUGAUGGUGGCUCCUCUCCAUGGUAAGUGAAGAUGCACAAGUAUGGAGGACUGAGAAGUCAGAACAUGUACGAGUAUUUCUUUGAAGUGUUUUCAAAAUAUGAGGUAGUUUGAUUGAACCUCAUUACUGCAUAGUAACACCGUAGUCUUUUUUACUGCUGCAAGCUUGAAAUUCUCCCAUUUUGUGAGUUUACCACAUCCUCAAAUGAAUCAUAACAUACUUUAAAGAAAUCAUUCUUUAUUUAUAUGCAGUUCUUUUUUUAUAUUAACUUGUGGCAACAUUCUCUGGUAGCAGAUGAAUGAUGGAGAUUUGAGGAAUGUCAGAUAACCAGAGUGCUUGUGGAAUUUUGUGAAAGUAUCAUUUUGCUACGUAGGGUAUGCAUGCCUUUCCAGAUCAAUACUGGUAGCACAGACAUAGUGGAAAUGAGUGCGCUUGUGCAAAAUCCUGGCCUUGGGUAGCUGAGCCGCUGUGAAUAGCAAGAGUCGGGGCAUAAUUGUUCUGGCAGGUUUCUGGAUUGGAGCUGGCUUAUAUCCUGCCCCUUUGAAGCAGUCUGUAGCAGACCAUGUAGACAGACUUACGGCUUUUUAGGACCAUAAUUAUUCUGAUAGAGAUCUGUACUGCUGCUGAAUGUAAUGCUCUCACCCUCUUCCUUGCUGUCUGCUUUGUGUGGGGAAAGUAUUUGUGUGGUUAUGGUGAGCUGCCUGGAAUAACUUGUCUAGCUAAAAAGCGAGUUUAUCUUUUUUCUUUUGGCUGGGUUAGUAGUCAGCUGGAUCAGUUCUCUGAUCUGGUUCACUGUGCAGUUAGUGUUGGUACAGAGGAGGUGGUGAGGAGGCUGGGAUUGCUGUUUUGGGCUGGAUUAAAGUUACUGUGGACAGCCUUAGGACUCUAUCCUGCAUCCACUAGCAUUAAAACAGUGGAUCUCACAGGCUUUCUCAAACCUCAGGUGUUCUCUGUAGUCAUUUUUCCCCACAAAGGUGAUUUUGUGAAUUACAUUAAUGACAGAGGAAAUAAUGGACAAAAACCACAAGCAGGCCAGAAUUUAUGACAGCGCUUAAGUCAAUCAAGUUAUGUGGAGACAGAGAAAAGGAAGAGGAGGGGAAAACAUGAGUAAGGGUGAAAAAUUUAGUUUCUUGCUUCCAAGCAGUUAUUUUAAGAUAUGUUCUAUUAGAGGUACUAGAACAGCAUCUGGCAGGAAACAGCCUAGAGAUAAAUAUUUUUUUAUUAUUAUAAAUAUGUUGAGAAAGUAAUAAAGAAAAUAAGUUACUAAUGCACUCUUAGAAACAUUUAUGUUCUAUUAAAUUUGUUUUCAUUGAAAAGGGUAUUUUUGUAUCAGCCAGGAAGAAUUAAGAGACAGAAUGAUAAGGGAAAAAAUUGUGUUUUAUUAAGUAUUACUAUUUUCCUCUAUUCAAAGCAUUUCUUAGCCAAAGAUGUAAACAGUGUAAUAAUUUUUAAGCUUUCUGGGACUCCAUAGAUUUCAUUUUCAGUAAUGAAGCACUUUGGAACUUUUAUCACUUAACUUUGUUUCUGUUUAAGAGACUGAAUACAGAGAUUCCUGCCUCUGAUUUAACUCAGUUAAAUAGGAGAAGGUUUUUAAAAAAAUUUUCAUUACAGUAACAGAGACAGUUUUUGGAAAUAUCAUGCCUUCCUACUAAAUCUGAAGACUUCAUUCCUGUAUUUGAGUUUCUGGGUGCUCUUUAGUGCUGAGCGCUUCUGAUAAUCUGCUCAGUGUAAUAUAGAACAGCUUGUGGGCUGUGACUGCAUUUAAAGUAGAUGUUUUUGAAAAUGGAAAUCCACAAGUGGCUCAACCUUGGCACUUGCACAGUGUGGUCAGUGUGCUGAGCUGAAAGCAGAUCCUAUGAAAGGAAAAGAUGAAUUUUUAACUUGCUAUAUGGCUGCAUGAGCCCUGUCACAUUGCUGACAUGGGAGAAGGUGGGGAUCUAUGGUCAGGGACAGAGGGGAAGGAGAGUGAGACUGCCUCUUUCAGAGAUGCUGCAGAUCUUAUAUUGGCUUAAGCCAUUUAAGAAAAUGCACCCUAAACUCCUUUCCAAGUAGGUAGCUUAUGCACUGGCAGUGUGUAGCUACUACAGUGUGAAUUUCAAAACCCACUGCAAAUCCUGCCUGAGGAUUAGCACAGUUAAUCUGCCCUAAGGUUUCUGAUGCUGUGACUAGAGGACUAGAAGGAUUGAGCUGGCUCAGUUAUUGCCAGCUGGGAUACAUCCGUGUUGUAAUGCAUCCAAACUGUACCAUGGUGAAUCAAGGCCCUCGGAGUACUGGGGGUGGGAUGGAAAAUGCUUUCCUGGAGUGCAAAAUAGGGCAGACUGAAGCUGAAGAAAACUCUUCCUUUAGCUCAGCACUGCUGAUAUCUACUGUAACAGCACUGAGUAUCUCAAAGGAGGGAUGUGGAUCAAGGUAUAUUGCUGUCUUGUCUUCUCCUUGCACGUCUGCUAGAUGUUCUGAUGUGAACCAUGGUAGGAGGGACAAGUACGGUAAUUAAACAGAAUAUGCUUAGUGCUGCUGCUUGGUGUAUAUAUAUCUGUGGUCUCUAUGGUGAUUUCCCUGGCCCUGCAGUGGUAAAAUGUGUCCAGCCAUACAGACUGCUCUUUGAGGACAUGGCAGCAGUUCAUGGGCUUUCCUAGGUACAGAAUUGCAUCUCUGAUUUUUGUAGGUAUAGCUAUUUUUUCCCCUACAACUUCUCCUGUACCUCAAACACAGUAAAAGGGGUUUUCUCUUUGACUCUUAUUUCUCUAUUCUGUUAUGUAUCUGUGAGGAAAAAAUCAGGGUUACAUUUUCUUCCUGGUUUCAUUAAACAAAGAGGUUUCCUCACAUGCAUGCAUGGAAAUCACAGGUUGCAAAUUUUGGGAAGGUAGAAGCUUCCUAGAGUAAUUUCAGGACAGUCUCAAAGGUGAUUUUAUUAAAAAGACAGCUUUUAUUUUCAAAUAAAAUGUCUCAUUUGGAGGGUAUUUAGUUACUACUUUUUACAUGUACUGUAGUUUAUCAAAGUAUUUUUUUUCUAUGCUGAAAAUGCGAAUUUUAUUUUUAUCCAUUUCACUUAGGAAGGUGAGACACCAUGAAUAUCCAUGUUUUUUGUUUUGUAUCUUGAACUGAAAGCUGGUUAAUAUCUGUCAUGGUGGGAAAGAUGCUUAGCCUUGUGAUAUUCAGUGGCUGUUCCACAAAUAAAUCAAUUUUAUCUUUCUCUUUGGAGAAUGUAAGGAGCAUAUGUAAAUGGAAGACGAGAGAAUUUUGUAGAGAGAUUUAGAAAGAUUACUUCUCACUCUCUAUCUAGAGAUAAUAUGCAUAACUAUAUUGAAAUUGGAUAAUAGAAAAUAUAUGAAUAAAAGAAAAGUCCUUUGUCUGAUCUACAUGCUGUCAAUUGUUCUUAUUAAUAAAGUUAGUUAACAUCUUGCAUAUCCACUAAAAAGUUUUUCGCUCUACUGUAUUCUGGGUGAAGUGCAGGAGGCAGUGUAUUCACAAUCAAGGUGAAAAUUUUUACCUUCAGCUCAUCAGUCCAGUCAGGAGCACACACAGUCAGUACCCCAGGUUUCCCUGCCUUCUUGAGUUAGGAAUGUGGUCAAAUAUGUCUAAAUUUAGUCCUGGUAAAGGACAGCAGGGGAAGGUAUCCCAGUUCUGGAAAAGAACAGCAGAGCCUGGGAACCAUUAAGCAUUUUGCUGAGGUAAGAAAAAAGAGUUGAAUUAGGCUGAAGAGCUGCUCAUUAGCUGUUCAGAAAACCCUGAAUGUACUGUCUGCAAAACCAUGCUCCAGCAUAGUCUGCUACUUUUGCAUCAUUUUGGUACAUCCUGGCAAGUCCGUCACGUUGUGCCUUGCCUCAGGGUUGGUGUGGCGUGGGUGGUGCGGAUUGAUGCUCCCUCCAGACCUCAGCUGUGGGGUCUGCUUCCCCCAUGCAGAGCCCAUAGCGGGUGUCCGAGGGUCUGUGUGUGUGUGUGUGGGGGGGGGGGGGGCACAAUGUCUUCUGGCUGUCACGGAAGUGAUGGCCUUGCAGUUACCUGUGUGCAUUUAAAGGUCUAGUUUUCAAUAAAGGCAGUGACGUAAAACACUUUGGAUGUUUGAAAUACAAGUCAAUUGUAGAGUGGACGCAGGAUUUUCUGGCUUCCUUUGGCCUUUAGUCUGCUGGAUUAUCUAGUUAAUUUUAUCAAAUUGGCAGUGAGCCACUCUGUUCCU